GAAGCUCAUCCCAUGUAUUAUCUAUCAUCUCUCAUCUUUUCUCUCUCAAAUUGACCUUUGCCCCACGAUAAAAAAAGUGCUUGGUCUCCGAAAAAGAAACCUAGACGAGGGUUAGAGAGGAGGUAUGGAUAACCAGAAAAGCAGCCACAAUGGAGCAGCACCUCUAGUGAGAGUAUUCGAGAGCACAGAGGAACUCUCAACCGGCCUUGCAGACUACGUUGCUCAAGUCUCUGAAAACGCAGUUAGAGAGAGAGGAGCUUUCGCCAUUGUUCUUUCAGGAGGACCCAUCAUCACUCUCUUAAGUAAGCUAGCUGGGGGACCUUAUAAACAAACUGUGGACUGGUCGAAAUGGCACGUUUUCUGGGCUGAUGAGCGACUUGCGGCUAAGAGGCACCCAGAUAGCAACUAUAGACAGGCUAAAGAUGUGUUGCUUUCCAAGGUCCCCAUUGUUCCCAGUCAGGUGGCAUGCAUAACCGAGCGCACCUUGUCGGCUGAGGAAGCGGCCGAAGAGUACGAGUUCGCCCUUCGGCAGGCAGUGCGCAACCACACCAUCAAAGUCUCCCCUCACCGAGACUGCCCCUGCUUCGAUCUUGUCCUCCUCUGCACCACCACCACCACCACCACCACCACAACAACCUGUUUCCACUCUUCUCCCGACCAUUUUUAUUACCAAGAUUCUACUUCUUAUUCGUCCCAAUGGGUAGUCCACACUGAUAAACACCAUGGGCGCAUCGCACUCACACUACCUGUUCUCAAUUCUGCUGCAAAUGUCGCCGUCAUCAUUGCUGCCACUGGUGGUGUGUCACCUCUCUCUGCUGUAGCGCCGCUGGUCUCCCUGAAUGAGGGGUGCCUCGUGUGGUUUGUCGACCCUGCCGCAGCCCCAUCCAUUGAUGGCCUGCUUGCUUGUUACUCUUCGUAACUCUCUCUCUCUCACGAAUUUUGGUUCAAUUUCUUUUUUCUGUGAAUUUUCUUUUUUGAAUGUUUUUGGUACAAUCUUUCAUUUUGCCAGAAAAGAGUUCAGUAGUUGGGGGUGGGAAACUUGGGAGUUUUUUGUUUGGCGUAUGCGAGGAAAAAAAAUCUUGGAUUGUUUUGUUAGGUGAAUAGAUGGUUGUUUCAGCC